AUGGAGACGAAAAAUGGAAAUGAGUUCGUUCUCAAAGAGCUUAACUGUUUAAACUAUGAUCACAUUGCGUUGGUACCACCGUAUGCACAAGGAGGAGGAGGCUUAGCCCUACUAUGGAAAAAAGAAGUCGAAAUCAGUAUCCUCCAUCAGAGCGAUCACUUUAUAGAUACAGAGAUAAAGUUUAAAGGAGAGAAGUUUAAUGCUACCUUUGUGUACGGAGCUCCGGAAAAGGAAGGAAGAGCAGAAGUAUGGAGGACAAUCAAAGAUCGAGCUGAAAAUCGAGAGACUCCUUGGUUCCUCACCGGAGAUUUUAAUGAAAUCGUGGACAACUCUGAAAAACAUGGAGGACCAGCCAGGGCAGAGAGUUCCUUUGUCGACUUCCGAUCUUUUAUGUCAGAAUGCGAUCUUUUUGAUCUGAGGUACUCGGGCAAUUUCCUGUCAUGGAGAGGACAAAGAAGGAACCAUUUGGUGUGA